UCUGCCACUUUGCUUACCAAUCACAUCUUCUUGAGUGUCUUAUACGAUUUUCAGUCAAAAUCACAAAAACGUUUCUUCAUAAUCUGUGUAUUUUAAGAAGCUUCCAGGUCUUGUAAUAAGAGAUAACGAAAUCAUGAGAGUGUCGGAGGAAUUUAAUGUAAGAGGAGACUUUCGGAGUCGUCGGGAUUUAAUCUCGGGACUACCGGAGGAAUUAGCGACGGAGUGUUUGGUUAGAGUUCCGUUCGAGUUUCAUUCUUCCAUGAAAUCAGUUUCACGGUUAUGGCGAAGCUUGGUCGCCGACCGUUCUUUUGACCGGGAACGGCGAAGAGCUGGAAAAGAUGAGUCUCUUCUCUGCCUUGUUCAGCCGUUGACUUCACAGUCAUCUCCGGUUAAUUCAUCCGUGGACGGUGAGGUGAGUGAGAAGAAGAAAGAGGAGGAAGGCGAGUCUCAUUCUCAUUCACAACAGCAGCUUCAGCAGCCGCGUGUGAUUGGAACGCCACUUUACGGAUUAAGCGUUUACAACGCAACUUUAGACACGUGGCACCGCGUCGCGAUUCCGGAACGGAUUCCUUUGUUCUGCGAGUGCGUCGCGCUUCAGGACGCGGGAAAAGUGUUGUUGAUCGGCGGGUGGGAUCCGGAGACGUUGCAGCCUGUGAAGGACGUGUUCGUGCUGGACUUCUCCGCCGCCGGGAGGAGGUGGAAGAGAGGGAAGCCGAUGUCGUCGGCGAGAUCGUUUUUCGCCUGCGCGGCUGUUGGUGCGACGAAGGUUUACGUCGCCGGGGGGCACGAUGAUCAGAAGAACGCGAUCAAGUCGGCGGAAGUGUACGAUGUGGAGAAGGACGAGUGGCUGACGAUUCCUCCGAUGACGGAAGGGAGAGACGAGUGUCAUGGAUUCUCGAUGGCGGCGGAUCUUGGAUUCUGCGUGUUGAGCGGUUACGGGACGGAGACGCAAGGUCAGUUCCGAUCUGACGCUGAGAUUUACGAUCCGGUUUCGAAUUCGUGGUCUGUUAUCGAGAAUGUUUGGCCGUUUCCGGAUCUAAGCCCGAGAGGUCGCACCGCCGCGGUUGCUGAAUCCGCCGGAGAUUUCAGAGGUUGCAAGUUGUGGUGCUUUGUUGAUAGCCAGAGGCAGUGUCAGCCUCGCUGGGAAGUUGAGGACGAUUCGAUGAAAUGGAGGCUGGUUAUGGAAACGAUUCGGCUUCCGGUGACGACGAUGACGUCGGUUUUCGCGGGAAGUUUGAGUGGUCAAGCGGUGGCGAUGAUUGGCGGCGGCGGGGAAGAAAGCGGGACGAUGAUGAUGAUGACGAAGGGGGAGAAAAAUGGCGGGAAGUGGAGCCACGUCAGCACUCCCAGUGGGUUUUCGAGUCUUCCUUUCUCGUACUCUUCGAUCUACGUCUAAAGAUCUGAAGCUCUCUGUUUUAAGAUAAUUUUGACUUUAAAAAAGUCAACGUUUUUUUGUGUGGGAAGUGGUGGGAGUUAUACGAGAAUUCGAUGUUUUUAACUUUUUAUAUAGUAUAAAACAUCAACGUAAAAAGAACUGUAUUUCUAUUUUGAAAUGUAAAAUGUAGACUGGUUAAAGUAAUUGCCAUUCAUCUUCAUGCU